AUGUCGUCUCCUCCUUUGUCUUCUCUUCACAAGAAUAAUAACAACAGAAAGAUGAGCAUUUCACUGAGCCCUCGCGAGAUUAAACGAUUUGUGGCUUGUUACAGAAAGCACGAAUUGCUAUGGAACACGAAAUGUCCGCAAUACACGAUUCCGGUGGCCAGAAACGAGGCUCUAAGAUCCAUUGCCGAUGAAAUGGGGAAAGCUUGGACCGAAUCCCUUGUUAAAAGCAAAUGGAACCAGUUGAAAAGUCAGUACCGACGGGAGUUGGGCAAAUUGUCUGACACUUGCCGUGGGGGGUCAGAAGCAGACACUCCAGCAUCCAGAUGGUGGCUUUUUGGGUUGAUGGAUAGUUUCUUGCGACCUCACACGACACUCCGAAAUGGAUCCACCUACAUGUUUCCAGUUGAAUCCCUCAAGAUGGAAGAUGUUUCCCCAGGACCUUCUUAUGAGGGGGUUGAUGACAGUCAAGAUGGCUGCAUUGAAUCAGGGGGCAGCCUUGAUGAUUGUUUGGAACCAGAGGCUGAGAAUUUGUUGCUCAUGAAGGAAGCGUCUCCAACAGAAAGAGAAGAACCAAGCGCUUUCAAUUUGUCUUCCAAUCGCAACUUGUCAAUAAUAGAGAUGAGUAAUAACAACAGUAACAAUAGCCAAGUGCUGGGACAGGCACGAGACCCAGACGAGAUGUUCAGUGCCUGGCUCCUUUCCGAGCUGGGCCAAAUUGAUGAUGAAUACGUGAAGGACGAAUUGAAAAUAGAAUUAAUUUGA